AUGUCCACCACCACAGGCUCCUCAACGCCUCGAUUCCAGGCAUUCCAAACCAUGGCUGGCCCAAUUACUCGGGAACAAACAGUGGAAGAACGUUAUGGCAUUCCUGAAAACUUUCUUGAAAUUGAAGUCAAGAAUCCACAGACCCAUGGCUUUGGUCGCAAGAUGUUUACCGAUUAUGAAAUCCUUUGCAGAACCAAUAUCCCAGCUUUCAAGCUAAAGCAAUCUUCAGUGCGUCGACGUUACAGUGACUUUGAAUGGUUUAGAGAUGUGCUUGAACGUGAAUCAACCCGAGUCAAUAUCCCACCCUUGCCUGGCAAAGUCUUUACCAACCGCUUUUCCGACGAAGUGAUUGAACAGCGAAGAGAAGGAUUGGAACGCUUUUUGCAAAUUGUGGCAGGUCAUCCUCUGUUACAAACAGGGAGCAAGGUACUGACAGCGUUCAUUCAAGAUCCCAACUUUUCGCGUGACACCUACAACUAUUGA